GCAAACAGAAAAAAUAAAGCGAGACAGAGACACACACACACACAUAAAUAUUAACGCAACGAGCCAACGACGUGAAAUUUUUUUUUUUAUUUGCCAUUUUUGACAACAUGGCAUCUAUUAAUACAGAAGAUAUUGAGAUUGUCGAUAAAAAGGAUCAAGAUUCUACCAGUAUUGAAGAAUAUGCACCAGAGCUAUUGAUAAAACAUCCACUUCAACAUACUUGGACAUUGUGGUACUAUGAAACAGACAGAACCAGAGCCUGGGAUGAAUGCCAAAAAGAAGUUAUUAGCUUCAAUACAGCUGAAGAUUUCUGGAGCUUGUACAAUCACAUCAAGUCACCAUCUGAAUUGAAAUCAGGAUGUGACUACAGUAUGUUUAAACAAGGCAUUCGACCAAUGUGGGAAGAUGAUGCCAAUAAAAAUGGUGGUAAAUGGGUCUUGCAACUUGAUAAAAAACAAAGAUUAAGUGAUCUUGAUAAUUUCUGGCUUGAAAUUGUAUUGUGUAUGAUUGGUGAAGCAUUUCAUGAACAUUCUGAUGAUGUUUGUGGUGCUGUUGCAAGUGUCAGACCAAAAGGUGACAGAAUUGGUAUUUGGACUGCUGAUUUUAAUAAAUCACAAGCUGUUCUUGAUAUUGGAAGAAAAUUGAAAGAACGAUUGAAAAUUCAACCCAAGCAAACAAUUGGAUAUCAAGUUCACAGAGAUACAAUGGUCAAAGCUGGAAGUGUUACAAAAAAUACCUAUUCAGUUUAGAUUAAAAAAUAUAGACAUGUUUAUUUGAUACUUUCACAUUAUUUUUAAGUAUCAAAAUAUAUCAUCAUUAUAUUUCUACAAAUUCAAGUAUGAAUUGAAA